CGCCUUUUCAUUGAGAAUUUGUUUCAUUUGCAAACGGAUCGCAUAUUUCGCUUCUUUCUUUAUGCACCAUGUCAGACCUCAAGGCGUCAGUUACAGCGACCAAGGCUGGCUUUCAUGUUGAAGGCUUCGAGAAGAUUUCGUACGAUUUCACGUUCCUCGAUGGCGUAUUUGAUCCUCGCAAUGAACAUCUUGCCAACCUAUACAAACAGUGGGGCCGAGCUCUCGCUGUCAUGGACUUGAACGUCCAUAACCUCUAUGGGCAACAGUUGGAGAAGUAUUUUGAUCACUAUGGACUUACACUCAAGGUCCACAAGACGAGAAUCGGGGAAAAAGCGAAAUCGAUAGAAACGUUAUUGAGCAUUGUCGACUCCAUGAAUGAAUUUGGUAUUUUCCGAAAGGAACCAGUAUUGGUUGUUGGCGGAGGCCUGGUAACCGACGUCGCCGGCUUUGCAUGCGCUGCCUACCGCAGGAAUACCAAUUACAUUCGAAUUCCUACCACAGUGAUUGGCUUGAUUGAUGCCUCGGUCUCAAUCAAGGUGGCUGUGAACUAUGGGAACUACAAGAAUCGUCUAGGUGCAUAUCAUGCUCCAAUGCAUACCUUCUUGGACUUCACUUUCCUUCGGACGCUACCAACUGCUCAGGUUCGGAAUGGCUUUGCUGAGCUUAUCAAGAUUUCUACUUGUUCGCACCUACCGACCUUUGAGCUUUUGGACAGAUUCUGCGAGGAAAUUAUCCAAACGAAAUUUGGUCGAGCAAACGGAGCCUCCCCAGCAGUGCGCGAAGCUUCUGAUAUGAUAAACCGCGAUGGAAUCCACGAAAUGCUGAAGCUUGAGACUCCGAAUCUUCAUGAGAUUGGAUUGGACAGAGUGAUUGCGUAUGGUCAUACAUGGUCUCCGAUGCAUGAACUUGUUCCUGACGUUCCGUUGAGACAUGGUCACGCUAUUUCUAUUGACAUGGCGUACUCUGCGACGCUAGCGAACAGUCGAGGCCUCAUUUCUGACGAUGAGCACACCAGACUUUUACGCCUGUUCUCGCGCGCAGGGCUAUCAAUGGACCACUUUCAAUUCGAUGAGCAGUUGCUCGAGAAAGCGACCGCAGCUAUCCUCCGUACACGAGAUGGGAAACUGCGCGCUGCUGUACCACAUCCACUCGGAUCAUGCAUCUUUUUGAAUGACGUGUCGACCGAGGAGAUGAAGGCAGCUCUGAGGCGCCACAAGGCUCUCAUGAAAGAGUAUCCCAGACAUGGUGAGGGUAUCGAAGCGUUUGUGGACGCGAGCGAUACAGGUUACGCUGAGGAUGGCCAAGUCGAGACGUCUAAAUCCUCGAUUGCCGCAGCCGGCCAUGACGGAAUCAAUGGCAUUGGAGAUCAAUCCCAUAGUUCCGCUGACGGCAAUCUCAUCGACGGCCAGAAGAUUCCGAGAGACAACGUCAUCAAUGGUGGGCCGUCUCGUGGUUUGAACAACCCUAUCAAAGAUAACAUCAAGGGGAUGCGCCCGGAAACGAAGAGCUUGACAGAUGGAAUCAAGGCGUAAAUCACCAUGUAGUAGUUGUAUCGUAAUGAAAGCACGAACGCAUAUUUAUCUUAGAGAGACGUAGAAAAAGACAAAAAAAAAGUUAACAAAGCUAUCGAUUACUAGGAUAUACACCG